AAUAUAGGGUGACCGCGGGCAGUGUUGAAAUGGAAGAGAAAGCGAGGGGAGUGGGGCCCGGGGUGGGGCGGGCAGCUGGGCAUUGGCCAUUGCGAUGGGGUGUCCUGUUCCAAUAGUGAGCAAAUUUACAGUGCAAUGCCACCCAUUUAUUUGGGUCGGCCCCCCACCCUCGUUUUGAGCCAAACCAAACCUCGAGAAUCACACAGACUCGCACACUCUGUGUGUUUAUUUUCCAAUUUUAUUCUUUUUCUCUUCUCGCCCUCGCCUCGCCUCGCCUCCAAAAUUCCAUCUUUUUCACUCUCUGCUCAGAACUGGCUGUUGUUUUAAGUUUUAGUAUAGGCUUACACCCCUAACCCCACCCCGACCCACAAAACAAGCGCCCAUGUUUGUACAAUGUAUCUCAUUGAUCUUUGUAUUCUUGGUCGCCCUUUAUCUGUAAUGCAGAAUCUCAUUAAUUUAUAGCUGAAUCUUGCUUGAUCUUUUUCUUUUUUAUAUAUAUAUUAUGUGAAUUUCUCAAGUUAUGAUCUUGGGUUGUUAGAAUUUGUUGGCAUUACCUACAAUAUGGGAUUUUGUUCUCUCUCUCUAUCUCUGAACAAAAGAGCGUAGCUGUCUGCUUUCAUCCCAUUUCAGUUGCAUCGUUUUCUCGUGUCGUCCAUUUUCGAGCUCUUUUCUUCUUUUGAAAAGGUUGAAGCUCGAGAACUUUUGUUGGGGGGGAAAGUUUUGAUCUUGGCUUAAUUUCGAAGGUUGCUGCUUGAUUGUAUGAAGUGGUGAAACGAUGAGAGAAGAUGGGAGCUCGAAGAAAAGCAAGCUUUCAUGGCCUAAGACGUUAGUCAAGAAAUGGUUCAACUUCCAGAGCAAAGAUGGAGAUUUUCAUGCUGAUGAAAUAAUUUAUGGAGGUGUUGAUGAAGAAUGGAGGAACAACUUACCUGAGAGAGAGCAGCCAUACACAAUCAAGAAAAGCAAAACAGAAAUACUGACUACUCGAAAUCCAGAGUAUAUGAGGAGAAACAAGUUUGAGUUAGAUUCCACUCAAAUUACAGAUGUUGAAGAUUAUAGGAUCUUUGUGGCAACAUGGAAUGUGGGUGGGAAGUCACCCCCGAGUUACUUGAAUCUCGAAGACUGGCUGCACACAUCGCCUCCUGCUGAUCUUUAUGUUCUUGGGUUUCAAGAGAUUGUUCCGUUGAACGCUGGAAACGUGCUGGGCACAGAGGAUAAUGGCCCUGCUAGGAAAUGGCAAGCGCUUAUUAGGAAAACUCUCAACAGUCUUCCUGCCGCUGGUGGUGGUGGUGGAGAUGGUGUUUUUACUACACCGUUCACGAGUCCUUAUGAACUAUAUGAUGACCUUGAAGGGCCAAACAGGGAACACGAUCCCUCUUUCUUACCCCGUCACUCUGUGCAGUCUGUGAGCCACAGCAUGAGAAUGAUGGGAAGUGGCGUUUCAAUGGUGCAACCUAAACUUGACCGUAGAUUCAGUGUGUGUGAUCGGGUUAUGUAUGGCCAUAGGCCUAGUGAUUAUUAUGAUCCAAAUGCAAGGUGGGAUGCUUCCUCUGAUGAUGAAGAUGGGCCAAGUGAUUCGUUCUGUUCAAACUACUACAACGCCUCUGUGUCCAUCGAGGACAAAGACAAGCAUCCGGGGCAGUCAAGAUAUUGUCUAGUUGCAAGCAAACAAAUGGUUGGGAUACUUGUCACAGUAUGGAUAAAGACAGAUUUGAGAGACGCCGUGCGCAAUCUGAGGGUGUCUUGUGUCGGGAGAGGGCUGAUGGGCUAUCUUGGUAACAAAGGAUCUAUUUCAAUAAGCAUGUCUUUGCACCAGACGAGCUUCUGCUUCAUCUGUAGUCACUUGACCUCUGGGGAGAAAGAUGGAGACGAGCUACGAAGGAACUCUGAUGUCAUGGAAAUCUUGAGGAAAACAAGAUUCCCUCAAGUCCAUGCCAUGGCAGAUGAGAGCAACUCCCCUCAAACAAUCCUUGAUCAUGAUCGAGUCAUAUGGCUCGGGGACUUGAACUAUAGAAUUGCUCUUUCAUACCGAUAUGCAAAGGCUCUUGUAGAGAUGCACAACUGGAGAGCAUUGUUAGAAAACGAUCAGCUUCGGAUAGAGCAGAGAAACGGGCGCGUUUUUGCAGGAUGGAACGAGGGGAAGAUCUACUUCCCUCCUACAUACAAGUAUUCAAACAAUUCAGACAGAUAUGCAGGAGAAAAUAUGCGUCAAAAAAAGAAACGAAGAACACCUGCAUGGUGUGAUCGUAUAUUAUGGCGCGGACAUGGUCUCAGACAGCUCUCGUAUGUUCGUGGGGAGUCGAGGUUUUCAGAUCACAGACCCGUCUGCAGUAUGUUUUUGGCAGAAGUCGAGUCCGCCAAAUGUGGCCGUAUAAAGAAAAGCACGAGCUAUUCAAGCUCUCGAGUUGAGAUUGAGGAGCUGCUCCCUUACUCACACGGAUAUGAUCAACUAAAUUUCUUCUGAAAACAGAUCAUAUCGAAAUUCCUGCAAGCAUUCCUCACCUUAUGCUGCACAAAUGAGCAGCAAAGCAAGAACUUAAAAUGGAGAUUGUUCUUCAACAUAUUUUGGGCUGUUGGUAAGUCUGCAUUUUCUUUUUCACUUAUUUUUUUUGUUUGCAAUGAUGGAUUGGUUUUGUUGCUAAAAAUAUGCGUGGUUUCCAUAUAUUUGCAGGUUCAAAGUGUGAAAAAAAGAGUGGCCAAAAAUUGUAAAAUCACAACCAAUAAUGAGGUUAAAAAGAAGAGAAUUUGUAUAUAUAUCAUUUGAUCGAUUAAGUGCUUCCAUGUUGAAACUAAGAUAAUUUUGUCAUAUUUGGUUGUAGGAUGGAGCAAACCUCAUCAUUGAGGAGUCUGUAAAUGCAAGAAAUUUUGUAGCUUGGUUCAUAAUAUUGCCUCCCUUUUUGUUUUUAUGGGUAAGCCAAUAAAUGGUGAUGGCCAUUUUCAUAGCGAAGGAGAAAAGGAGAAUUUGAGGUUAAAAGUGUGGAAUUAAAGUGAACAUUUACUGAAAAGGGAAAUAUUGAUGUCCUUUGUCAUCAGCAACUUCUGCAAAUCCUUUGCUUUCCUUGGAAUUUGAGCUCCAGCUACAGAUUUUCAUA